AUGAGUGACUUAAAUUUAUUAAAGUCAUGGAAUCCAAAAUUGGUGAAGAAUAGAAAAAAAGUAUGGGAGGCUCAACAACAACUAGUUGAAGAGAAUAAAAAGAUAAAGGAAAGACAGAAAGAAAUAGAAAAAGAACGUGAGCUUGAUCGAUACAGCAGCUUGAUUAGGGAUGAAGACCAGAAAAAUGUUAAGAGGAAAACAGGGUUAGAGUGGAUGUAUGACAACACAUCCACAGCUUUGACAGAAAAUGUAGACUACCUCCUUGGUAAAAAGGAAAUAACAGACACAUUACUCGACUUAUCAGGGAACAACAAUAAAAGUGAGAAAUCUGAAAACCAAAAACAAACCAUCAGAAAACAUUACCAAGGAAUUGAAGAUGUUAUAUGUUCAAAAACAAACCAUAAAAACGUUGACUUAAGUAGUGACGAUCCAAUGGCGAAGUUCAAAGCAGCUAAACAAGCCCAUUUGAAAACAUUGAAACAAAAUAUCCAGCCCACUUCACAUGAAUAUCCUGUACACAAACCCUUACGUGGCGCAAAUUCAAAAAGGUACGACAGUGGCAAUGGGAGUAGAUCAAAUUACAAAAACUCUAGGUACAACAACAAAUACUACAGAAGUUAG